AUGGAUCAAGACGCUUUCAGAGCCUUGUUGGCAUCAGCCAAAACAACAGCGCCAGCGCCCUUGACUGUUACACCGAGUUACACGAAGCGAAAGACCAGAGAACCUGAGCCCUCCGCUGCCUCUAUAUUCAAACCACGAAAGCACAAGGCGACUAAUGACACCCAAGCGUCAGAAAAGCCGAGCACUGCUCCGCAAAGACUGGAUCAAGAUGAUGAACCUAGUGACGUUCAGCCUGCUCCGUCCAAAGGUCUCGACUUUGCCCUUCUGGCACAGCAGAGAAUGAAAAUGAAUGAAAACCAGGAUAUCAUCGACGACGAUGCAUUGGAAAAGGCAUUUCAAGAAGCCUCGGCUCCCAAGAAACGUACAAGAGACGAAAUUAUACAGUCUCUAAAGAAGUCUAGGGCCACGGAAAAUAAAAAUGUUGAUAAGAAUCUGGAAGUAGCAAAGCAAAUGGGCAAAUUCAGACCAAUUGGAGCCCCUGAUGAAACCAAAGGGAAAAAACGGAAGCAAAAGGAUCCAAAUACACAGGAAGCAACGAAGAAGAAGAAGCGCAAAGUCGAUGCUGCCGGAGCUCCAGUUCGGCUUGUUGAACAACAGCAGGAACAAAGUGUGCCUCAGGAGGUCCCAAAGCCCAAACCUCGACCUAGGACACCGACUCCAGAAUUCGGCGAAGACUUUAACAUCUUUGCUGACGCCGGAGAGUAUGAAGGGCUGGGUUCAGAGGAGGAUUCGGAUGAAGAGAGCUUACCAGCAAAUGGAUCAAAGGGGGACUCCCCAGUAGCUGGCACGUCAACGGAGAAGCGAGGCAACUGGUUUGGGGAGGCAGAAACACCGUCUAAUUCCGCUCCAAUCAUCCCAAAAAGGACCGAUACUCCACCCGAGGAACAGCGUCCACCAAGUGAUGUAGAGAUGGAGGAUGAGCCACUCAAAAUCACACGUCUCCAGGGUCUGGCUUCCAGUGCAGUUCCAUCUAUCAAGGAGAUCCUGGCAAUGGACGAAGCUGCUGAACGGGAGGAGAAACGGAAGGCAAGAAAGGAGAAAAAAAAGGAGAAGAAGAAACCUUCCGAGGAAACAAAGAUCAACAGGGAGGUCAAGCAAUUGGAGAAGUAUGUAGCAACGAAGCGAUAG